AUGGCCGACAAUACUGCCCCUCCUGUCGGAGCUUCGGUGCACCAAGCUGGUGGUGGUCAGCCUGGUGGGGAGGAGCGCAGCGUCAAGGAAGUCAACCCGUCCCUCCUGGCGCAUCUGCAGCAGAUUUUCAAGCGCCAUGCUGAAGAUCGAAACGCAUGGACUAAGGAUCAGGUCAUCGCAUUCUUGCACCAUGUACAGGCCGACAGCGUGACUGACCCGUCCGGCGACAUCGCGACGAAGGGCGAGCUGGAUCUGAAUGGCUUCUUGCAAUAUAUGACCUCACCUGCUGCAAACGCACUGGCACCUCCGCCGAACGAGGAUUUCUCUUGGCCUUUGAGCAGCUACUUCAUAAGCUCCAGCCACAACACUUACCUCACAGGUAAUCAGCUAUACAGCGAUUCCAGUACCGAUGCUUACAAGAAUGUCCUUCUUCGAGGCUGUCGCUGUAUCGAAAUUGAUGUGUGGGACGGGGACGACUCCGAUUCGGAGUCCUCGGUUAGCAGCAGCGAUGAGGAGUACGCCGAGAAGAAGGCGCUCAAGAAGUCAAGCCGUAAAGAACGUCUGGCUAAGAAGUUGCCUGGCUCCAUCACUCGCCGCUUGGAGAACACGUCCCUUGGCCGAAAGCUUGAGAAUCCCAAGGCAGUGGGUAUCGAGCCGCGAGUACUUCACGGCUACACUCUUACCAAGGAGGUCUCCUUCCGAUCGGUCUGCGAGGCGAUCAAAGAAAGUGCUUUCGCAGUGACGGAUUUGCCCCUUAUCGUUAGCUUGGAAGUCCACUGUUGCUCUGCCCAGCAAGAGGCCAUGGUAGACAUCAUGAGCCAGGUCUGGGAAGAAUACCUCUUGUCGCCACCGCCCGCAGACGCCAAGAUCCUGCCAUCUCCAGGUGAGUUGGCCAAGAGGAUACUGGUCAAAGUCAAAUAUGCGCCCCCCGGUCACAGUGGCGCAACAACCACCCCGGAUAGCGACCGUCUCCCUCCCGAGGCACAAUUAGCAAAUGCCGACGCCGUCGCUCAGACGAAAAAGAAGCCUUCUAAGAUCAUCGAGGCCCUCAGUCAACUCGGCAUUUACACUCGGGGUGUCUCUUUCAAAUCUCUGAACCAGCCAGAGGCCGUAAUGCCGGCUCACGUCUUCUCGCUCUCAGAAAGCAGCGUGAUGGAGGUACAUGAGAAGCAAGCACCGGAUCUAUUCAAGCACAACCAGGACUACAUGAUGCGAACCUAUCCCUCCGGGAUGCGCAUCGGCUCAUCGAAUCUUGACCCUCCCGAGUUUUGGCGUAAGGGCAUUCAAAUCGUUGCGCUGAACUGGCAGAAGUGGGACGAAGGUAUGAUGGUCAACGAGGGCAUGUUCGCGGGCACGGGAGGAUAUGUUCUAAAGCCUGAAGGGUACCGUGGCAAGAAACCGCUUGCGACAAGCGACAAGAGACCUGCAGCUAUUACGACGGGCGAAAUUGUGACAGCUCCUCUCGCCCCGACUCAAAUACAGAGCCAGACACUUGAUCUGCAGAUCACCGUUCUUGCUGCCCAGAAUCUGCCACUGCCAAAAGAAGACGACAACCCUGCCAAGCUCAAACCAUAUCUGAAAGUUGAGCUUCACACCGAGCCUCAUCACACAAUCCAGUUACGCCAGUCAGGCAAGGCCAAGGAGGGCGAGUACAAGGCCAAAACAAAGACGAUGAAGGGUGUCAAUCCAGACUACAAGGGGGAGUUGCUGGAGUUCAAAGAUGUCGAGGGCGUCACUCCCGAGCUUGCAUUUGUGCGAUUCCUGAUCAAGGACGAUGAGAUCGGAAAGGAUGACCUAGCUGCGUGGGCAUGCAUUCGACUAGACAGGCUGAGACGUGGAUAUCGCUUCGUCAAGUUUAUGAACAGCCAGGGCGUAGCAAGUCAGGGUGUUCUUCUGGUCAAAAUUGAGAAGAAGUUUACUUAG